GCAACAGUGAGGCGCUAAGCAACUUGAAACAACAGAAAGAAGAUUUAGAACACUGGCUUCAGUGUCAGAGCUGGAUUCAGGGACCACUCCUGCCUCUUGACCUCACCUGUUCAAUAGGUGUAAGAACUGUCACCAUCGUUUCUUGAAAACUUACUGAAAUGCCAGCUGAAGAUAGGCACCAAAGUUUAGGUGAUUGGACAAAGGUCACCUAACUAACAGUAGCUUCUUCACAGAGGCAUCAAGUUAAGCAUGACAAAGUAAGAGAAUAACAGAUACUCCAGAGGUUCAAGGUGAUUUUCAGUUGACAGCAGCAACCUCUUGGCUUUUUUUCCUCCUCACGUUAUGCCUUCCUAAGACUCAGUGUUCCCCAGAAGGAGGACACAAUGACCAAGUUCAAGGAGAUGGUGACAUUCAAGGACGUGGCUGUGGUCUUCAGUGAGGAGGAGCUGAGGCUGCUGGAUUCUGCCCAGAGGAAGCUGUACCAAGAUGUGAUGCUGGAGAACUUCAGGAAUGUAGUCUCAGUGGGACAUCAGUCCAUCACACCAGAUUUAGAGAGGCAAGAACUUUGGAUGAUGAAGGUGGCAACUCAGAGUGGUAACUCCCCAGGAAAUAAGAAUCUAAGUGAGAUGGAGACUCUCCAAGAAGUCAAAUUAAGGUAUCUGCCACAUGACGAGCUUUUCUAUUCACAAAUCUGGCAACAGGUUACAGGGGAGUUAACUGGGCAUCAAGAUUCCAUGAGAAAUAUUCAAGGCACUGGCUCUCGGUUGAAAAAACAAGAUGUUACAUCCUCUGAAGAUGUGUUCAGGAAAUGCUAUAACCAGGAUUCAUGUCUUCAAGUUCACCACAGAAUCCAUGUUGGUAAAAAACCUUACAAAGGGGAGGCAUGUGAGAAAAGUUCAACUUGGGAUUCUCAUCUUCAGGUUAACCAGAGAGCCCACACAGAAGAUAAGCCCUACAAAUGUGAAAAAUGUGAUAAUACCUUCCGUCGGUUUUCCAGUCUUCAGGCCCAUCAGAGAGUGCACAGUAGAGAGAAAUCAAACAAAUCCGAUGCAUUGUGUAAGGGUUUCAGUCAAAAGUUGCAAUUUCACCAUCAUCAGAGAGUUCCUACAGGGGAGAAUCCAUACAAGCAUGAGGGGCAUGGGAGGAAUGUCCAAAAAAGCUCCUAUUGCCAAGGUCCUGUGGUAGUCCACGCAGGAGAGAAGCCCUAUAAAUGUGAGGAGUGCGGAGUGAGCUUCAGUCAGAGCUCUUAUCUUCAAGUCCAUCAGCGAGUCCACACUGGAAAGAAACCUUAUAAAUGUGAAGAGUGUGGGAAGGGCUUCAGUUGGCGGUCACGACUACAGGCCCAUCAGCGAAUCCAUACUGGAGAAAAGCCAUACAAAUGCAGUGCAUGUGGCAAGGGCUUCAGUUACAGCUCACACCUUAACAUUCACUGUAGAAUCCACACAGGAGAGAAACCCUAUAAAUGUGAGGAGUGUGGGAAAGGUUUCAGUGUGGGAUCACACCUUCAAGCCCACCAGAUAAGCCACACUGGGGAGAAACCAUACAAGUGUGAGGAGUGUGGCAAGGGUUUCUGUCGGGCCUCAAAUCUUCUGGACCAUCAGAGAGGCCAUACUGGAGAGAAACCGUAUCAAUGUGAUGCUUGUGGCAAGGGCUUCAGUCGUAGCUCAGAUUUUAACAUUCAUUUUAGAGUCCAUACGGGAGAAAAGCCCUAUAAAUGUGAGGAGUGUGGUAAGGGCUUCAGUCAGGCCUCAAAUCUUCUGGCCCAUCAGAGAGGCCACACUGGAGAAAAGCCAUACAAAUGUGGUACAUGUGGGAAGGGCUUUAGUCGGAGUUCAGAUCUUAACGUUCACUGCAGAAUCCACACAGGAGAGAAACCCUACAAAUGUGAAAAGUGUGGCAAGGCCUUCAGUCAGUUCUCAAGUCUUCAAGUGCAUCAGAGAGUCCACACUGGGGAGAAGCCAUACCAGUGUGCCGAGUGUGGGAAGGGCUUCAGCGUAGGCUCACAGCUCCAAGCCCACCAGAGGUGCCACACUGGAGAGAAACCAUAUCAGUGUGCCGAGUGUGGGAAGGGCUUCUGUCGGGCCUCAAAUUUUCUGGCUCAUCGUGGAGUCCACACCGGAGAAAAACCAUACCGAUGUGAUGUGUGUGGAAAGCGUUUCCGACAGAGAUCCUACCUUCAAGCCCACCAGAGGGUCCACACUGGAGAGAAGCCAUACAAAUGUGAGGAGUGUGGGAAGGUCUUCAGUUGGAGCUCCUACCUUCAAGCCCACCAGAGAGUGCACACUGGAGAAAAACCAUACACCUGUGAGGAGUGUGGGAAGGGCUUCAGUUGGAGCUCAAGUCUUAUAAUUCAUCAGCGAAUCCAUGCUGAUGAUGAGGGAAAGAAGUCUCAUAGAUGUCUUGAGUGUGGAAAAAGCUUCAGUAAUAGCUCAGGUCUUCAUAAUCAUCAGAGAGUUCACAUGAGAGAGAAACACUACAAGUGUGAUGUAUGUGGAAAGAAAUUCAAUCAGAGGUCCCACCUGCAAACUCACCUAAAAGUACACACUGUAGAGAAACCAUUUAAAUGUGAGCAGUGUGGGAAAGGCUUCCGUCACAGAUCAACACUAAGUGCUCAUUGCAAAGUCCACACAGGGGAGAAACCUCACAUUUGUCAGGAAUGUGGGCAGGCCUUCAUUAAGGCUUCCAACCUUCAGGAACAUCAGAGAAUCCACACAGGGGAAAAACCAUUUAAAUGUGAUAUAUGUGGUAAGAACUUCUGUUUAAGAUCAACACUUAGAGGGCACCUCAUGGUGCACACAGGAAAGAAACCGUUCAGAUGUGAUACCUGUGGUAAGAGCUUUUAUCGGAAAUCAGCCCUAAAUACUCACUGCAUGGACCACACAGGAAAGAAGCCAUACAAAUGUGAGGAGUGUGGGAAGAGCUUCACAUGGUCCUCGUUUCUUUUGAGACAUCAGCGAGUCCACAGUGGAGAAAAACCUUUCAAAUGUGAGAAGUGUGGGAAGAGCUUUGGCUGGGCCUCUGAUCUUUUGAGACAUCAGAGACUCCACAGUGGAGAAAAACCAUCCAAAUGUUAGGCAUAUGGGAUGGGAUUUAUUCAGAAUUCACAGCUUCGUUACCAUAGGAGAGUCAAAAAAAAGGAGAGCCUUGAAAGUGUGAGGAGUGGGGAGAGCUUUAGCCAGGCAUCAGUUCAUUGAAUCAGAGACUUCACACCGGAGAAGAAUCAUUCAAAUGCAAAGAGUGAGGGAAGAGCUUUGGACACAGUUCAUACGUGGAAGUCCACCAUGGAAAAAUACCUUACAAAUCAAGGCCCGUGGGAAGGAUUGCAUGUGGAGCUCAAAUCUUGAUCUGUGUUUGAAGGUCCACACAGGAGAUAAGCCAUGCAGGUAUGGAGAGUGUGGUAAUUGCUUCAGUCAACCUCGAAUUUCAACUGCAUUAAACUCCCCCCACCUCCAGAAUUACCUUGGAAAUGUGAUACAUGUGGUAAAGAUGUUAGUUGAUCUUCACAACUGGUUUUUUUUUUUCUUCAUCAAUGAAUUUUAUACUUCCAUUUGUUUUUAUGAUACUAGUUACUAUUAUUUGAUUAGACUGAGUAUCUCUGUUUAAGUCAAUGAUUUUUUAUUUAAAUAAUGUUUAAAAACUACUGGAAUCAUAAU